AUCACAAUUACUUUGUUUGAGAGCUUACAGCCAACAUCAUGGGUGAUCGCUUAACACAACUUCAAGAUGCUGUAGAUCAGCUGGCCACACAGUUCGUGGCAUGUCUUCACUAUGUCAACAGGCGACAUGACCUUGAAACACUUGGUCCUAAUGACAAGAUUCGUGAAGUGAAAGAUGCUCCAAAAGAAGUUGAUUCACUCCCUCCUGACGACUUUCGAGCUGGUAUGGUAGAGUUGUCACAAGAUCUCGUUCUCAAAGAGCAGCAAAUUGAGGUCCUCAUCUCAUCUCUCCCCGGUUUAGACAACAGUGAAAUGGAUCAGGAGAGAUACAUCAAAGAGCUUGAAGAGGAUCUGAAGAUUGCUGAGGCCCAACGCCAAGAAGCAAUCAAGGAGAAAGAUCAGAUUUUGUCUGAGCUUGACAGUGUUAUUCGCAGCAUCCGACGACCUUGAGUACGGUUUCAGUUUUUUUUGCCACGUUUAUUGAUGCGCAGCGCGGAGUUCAGGGUACGAAUAACCAAAUGGAAGGCUGGUAGCCCAUUUAAAGGAGCAUU